AAGAACAAGAGGUUACCAAAAAGAGUCUUUUGUAAGUCGUGACUGAAAAUUUCAACUCAGUGAAGUCUCUUCUCUGGGCCACAGUUAAUGGAAGACGGAGCUCUCUCAAAGCCAGCGGCGGUUUUGGCAUGCGCCGCCAUGGCUUCAUUCUACGUCGGGAUUCUCUACGCCCCGACUUUGAUUCUUCGUCUUCCUCCUCCUUCCUCCCACACUAACUUUUUGAUCCGACGGUUCAUAUGCGCCGGCGUUUCCUCCCUCGUCUCCGUCGUCGUUUCUGCCAUACUCCUCCCUAUUAAAAGCGGAGAAGCGUCGCAGUUGAUAGGUGUAUAUGGCAUCCGGAUCGAUCAUAUUUGGCAAGCCGUGGUUUUUCCUCUUGCAUUGACAGCUCUUAUGUAUGCCGGAUCCUUGACGUUCAUGUCUCUAUUAUUGAUUCAUUCGUUGAGGGAAGACGUGAAUUGUAGGGGAGGCCUUAUUAAAAGUAUCUCAGUAGAGGCUGUUGCCUCUUUGCGUUCAAUUGCUUCCAGUGUUAUGCAUUGGCGUAAUUAUGUUGUGGCUCCAGUUACUGAAGAGUUGGUGUUUAGAGCGUGCAUGAUACCAUUGCUUCUCUGUGCAGGAUUCCAAAAAAACACCGUCAUUUUUGUAUGCCCUAUAUUCUUCAGUUUGGCUCAUUUGAACCAUCUAAUGGAUGUCUAUAACAAGCAACAGAAUAACUGGACCAGAGCCUGCAUGAUAAUAGGUCUCCAGCUUGGAUAUACUGUGGUCUUCGGGUCAUAUGCCUCUUUUCUCUUCAUUCGAACUGGACAUUUUCUUGCUCCUGUAGUUGCUCACAUGUUUUGCAAUAUUAUGGGAUUGCCACUCCUAGUUUCACCAGGGAAAGGUAUAGUAAGUCUGGCAUUUUUAGCUGGAUUGCUGGGAUUCCUGUGGUUACUUUUUCCAAUUACGAACUCGGGUUUGUAUAAUGAUAGAACAGAUACUUGUAGAUGUUGGCAGGGAUAUUGUUCAGGGAACUAAGCCUGUGAAAUCUUCAGAAUGAUAACUGAAAAUAGGUGCUGAGGCUUCGUCAUCAGCAACUUGUGCCAUACUAACAUUGUUCCUCAAAACAGAGCCACCAGUUGACCAAGGGUUGUUUUGAAUUUAUCAGUUUACUAAUUAGUGCUGAAAUUUGUAUAAGCUUAAUGACGAUUCCUAAAUGCUUCAG